UCUGGUGUUACACAGCUAUGUCACUGCUCUAUAAAUGAAAGCUUAUGAUGGACUUAAAUAAAGCGUUUAUUCCUCUACUGCUGUCUUGCACAUCUGUGUUUACAGAGAUGAAUGGCCUUUUUCUGCAUGACACAUUCCUGAAAGACAGAGUCAGCUUCAGUAAGAGCUCUCCUCUGAUCGAUGAGGCCUCCAUCAUCAUCAAAGAUCUGACGAUGAGUGAUCAGGGACUUUACAGCUGUGACUACACAACCUUCCCUAGCGGCAGUCAUAAAGGACAAGCUACUCUUACAGUGUUAGAAGGCAGUCAUCCUGUUGUGUCCACUGCUGAGGCUGUAGGGAUUGUGACUGCUGUAGUGUUCAUCACUGUGAUUACAGCUGCUGUGGGGUAUUUAUUCCUGUGCAACAGACGGCGAGCCAGCAGCACUGUCACUUAUUAUACAAAUCAGAGCCACAAUGACCUACAACAGGAUGUCCCAUAUUCUGAUGUCACAAUACUGAAACCAUGCAACGUUAUAAGCCCCUCAUCAUCAUGGGACACUGAAUAUACUGUGGUUUCCUUCAGUGGUUGGUCAGGAUCAGCAUCACUGCAAGCCUUAUUAGCCAGUCAGUUGGCUUUGGGUUUCCACAUAGCAGAGCAGGAAACUCUAUUCACACAGGUGAAAAAACACUGAUUUUAAGUACAUCGAUUUUCCAGCUGAUGGAGGAUAAAACUUUUGACCAUCAGACUUUAAAGAGCUUGAGCAUUUAUAGUGGCAGACAACAAAACUCCAGCUUAUAAUACACAAAACGUCACUGUACGUUAGUGCGGUUAUUAAUGUAGUUAUUGUUAUCGUUAUCAUUCUUGGUGUGAUUAUGGCCGAAAAGCUGACACCGACAGUGUUUAAAAGUGUGCUUGUUUUGUUUUUGGAGCUAGGCUUGAGUCUGUGUGUGUGGUCUAUGCAAGAAGUCACAAAUUUUACAACUUCUUAAAAUGUAAGCUAAUUAAAACACAUUUCAACAGAUACUCACUGUGUACAAUUAUGCAUCAGGGUCCCUUUAUUGUCAUCUCUUUUGGGCUUUGAUUUAGAUUUGAAAAACAAAAUGUUCAAUGUUCACUUUAU